CAGGGGAAGAAAAUUGGAAGAGGGGACACUCCCUUGUUUUGAAAUGGCCAUUAAACAUAGUCCUAAAAUUCUUCAGUUCAGUCAGAAAACAAAAAGCACCUGGAUUUGCCCAAGAAAUGAACACUGUUUCUGAAUCCUCUGCCCUGCAUGGCCUUCUUCACCCGACGCCUUCUGACCACAGUGGCCCCCACAUGUUCUUCCCCUUCCAACCAGAUCAAAACCUUCCUCUCAAAGGGUCUUUAUCACCAAACACUUCAACUUUUCUCUGAACUCCAUCUCUGUGGCCACUCCUCCAUUUCCUUUUUUCUUCCAUCAGUCAUCAAGGCAAGCUCCUCUGCCCAAUGUCAUGCUUUUGGCACACAGCUUCACUGCUUGGCUCUUAAGACAGGCUCCCACUCUGAAACAGUUGUGUCCAACUCUAUCAUCACUAUGUAUUUUAAGUUUUCAGAUGUUGGAUCAGCACGACAAGUGUUCGACACAAUGCCUCACAGAGACCCCAUCACCUGGAACUCCUUGAUUAAUGGUUAUCUGCAUAAUGGGUAUUUGGAAGAAGCUUUGGAAGCGUUGAACGAUGCGUACUUGCUUGGUCUUGUUCCCAAGCCUGAGUUGCUAGCUAGCGUGGUAUCCAUGUGUGGGAGGAGAAUGGGUUCAAAGAUAGGGAGACAGAUUCAUGCUCUUGUUGUUGUUAAUGAGAGGAUAGGACAGUCAAUGUUUCUGUCAACGGCUCUUGUGGAUUUUUACUUUAGGUGCGGUGAUUCUUUGAUGGCUUUGCGUGUGUUUGAUGGGAUGGAGGUGAAAAAUGUGGUUUCAUGGACUACUAUGAUAUCUGGAUGCAUUGCUCAUCAAGAUUAUGAUGAGGCUUUUGCAUGCUUUCGAGCAAUGCAGGCUGAGGGAGUUUGCCCAAAUAGAGUGACAUCAAUUGCUCUGUUAUCAGCUUGUGCCGAGCCUGGCUUUGUUAAGCAUGGGAAGGAGAUACACGGUUAUGCAUUUCGUCAUGGGUUCGAGUCAUGUCCUAGUUUUUCAUCUGCACUUGUAAAUAUGUAUUGUCAAUGUGGAGAACCAAUGCACCUUGCUGAGCUAAUUUUUGAAGGGUCUAGUUUUAGAGAUGUGGUGUUAUGGAGUUCAAUCAUUGGGAGCUUUUCUCGAAGAGGGGAUAGCUUCAAAGCAUUGAAGCUUUUUAAUAAAAUGAGGACUGAGGAAAUUGAACCAAACUACGUAACUUUGUUGGCAGUCAUCUCUGCCUGCACAAAUUUAUCUUCACUAAAGCAUGGAUGUGGACUCCAUGGCUAUAUCUUUAAAUUUGGAUUUUGUUUUAGCAUCUCUGUGGGCAAUGCACUUAUAAACAUGUAUGCCAAAUGUGGUUGUUUGAAUGGUUCUCGUAAGAUGUUCCUAGAAAUGCCAAACAGAGACAAUGUUACUUGGAGUAGUUUGAUCAGUGCCUAUGGCCUUCAUGGAUGUGGUGAACAAGCUUUACAAAUUUUUAAUGAAAUGAACGAGAGAGGAGUGAAACCCGAUGCAAUUACCUUCCUUGCAGUUUUAUCUGCUUGUAAUCAUGCUGGCCUUGUAGCUGAGGGGCAACGGAUAUUCAAACAAGUACGUGCAGAUUGUGAAAUUCCAUUAACUAUAGAGCAUUAUGCAUGCCUAGUCGAUCUCCUUGGAAGGUCAGGGAAGCUAGAAUAUGCUUUGGAAAUACGGAGAACAAUGCCCAUGAAACCAAGUGCAAGAAUAUGGAGCUCUCUCGUGUCGGCUUGCAAACUUCAUGGCAGAUUGGACAUAGCAGAAAUGCUAGCUCCACAGCUUAUAAGAUCAGAACCAAAUAACGCUGGUAAUUACACGUUACUGAAUACGAUCUAUGCCGAACAUGGUCAUUGGCUUGAUACAGAACAAGUGAGGGAAGCCAUGAAACUACAGAAGUUAAAGAAAUGCUAUGGCUUCAGCCGCAUUGAGGCUUGACAUGAGAGUUUCGAGCAAAACAGAAUGUAGCAAGCUUUAUCCGAGAGUGGAAAAAUUAUUUAAAUGAUUAUGGAUAACAACAUAUUGUACUCUGGUUAAUAUCUAUUCUUAACAUAUAUCUUUACUUUUUUAGCAAAGACAGGAUUGAGAAGUAACAUAUAUCUUAACAUGUAAGUACAGUCAAAUUGUAAAAUGAUUCAAUUUUGCUAAUAAAACCAAUCAUUUUCUAUUUGU